AACCAACUCCGCGGCCCGGUUUGAUCGCGACCCUGGGGAGAGGCUCCCCGCAGCGUCCCACCGCCGCUGCCACCGCCCGCGGCGCUCCGCAUGACGCCACCUCCGGAGAAGGCACGGGUUGGUCGGUGGGGCCCGGUGCCACACGUGGGCCGCCCGCGAUUGGCCGGCGGCGCUGGCGCGGACAUGGCGGAGCCGCAGCGGCGCUGCGUGCGGCGGUACCGCUUCAUCGAGGGGCCGGCAGCGCUGGCCCUGCGCAUCCCCGAGGUGCUGGACUCGCAGUACGGCAUGUACGUGUGGCCCUGCGCCGUGGUCCUGGCCCAGUACCUUUGGGCGCACCGCGGAAGUCUGCCUGGCAAGCGAGUGCUGGAGAUCGGUGCGGGUGUGAGCCUCCCCGGCGUGCUGGCAGCCAAGUGCGGUGCUGAGGUGACCCUGUCCGACAGCGAGGAGCUGCCCCAGUGCUUGCAGAACUGCCGGAGGAGCUGCCUGCUGAACCACCUGCCCCAUGUACCUGUUAUAGGGCUCACCUGGGGGCAGCUGUCUCCACAGCUGCUUGCCCUUGCACCUGUAGACAUUAUUUUAGGGUCCGACGUCUUUUUUGAUCCAAAAGACUUUGAAGAUAUUUUAACAACUAUCUACUUCUUGCUGGAAAAGAAUCCACAUGCUCAGUUCUGGACUACUUACCAAGUCCGAAGUGCUGACUGGUCUAUUGAAGCUGUGCUCUGCAAGUGGAAGCUGAAAAGCACCCCCAUUCCCUUACACUCCUUUGGUGCAGAUAAGGAGAACUUGGCCAGCUCCUCUCUACCAGGAAGGCAUACAAUUGAAAUGAUGAUCAUCUCGCUAGCAGAACCAGGUGGUACUACUUGACUCUCUUCUUGCUGGUUCCCAUGCAAGACUCUGCUGUUUCCUGGAGCAGUGAGCUGCAGAACAGUUCAAUUUACAGCACACCUCUUGGUGUCUGGGAAGUGACUCCUUAGCAGUACCUCACACCACAUGCACUGUGUGAAUAAAGCUGCUCAUAGCUCAGCUUUGGCUUUCGAGAAUUUGCGUUCCUCAGAGACCAUGAAAUAGCUCAAAGACUACAUCCCAUUAUGUAACCCACUGCACAGUUUAACAGCCUGAUAACCCAAAAGACACAACUAAAAUUCAGCUUAGCUUUGAAGAGAAUUCCACCCUUUUGAGCUAGAAGAUAUCUCCAUAAGAUCCAUUUCCCAGGACUGAAGCCUUUCAUAUUCCCAAAGCCACCUCCCCAGGUGGUUUUCAAACAGACCUGUGCAGACUGCUUCCAGCUCUGCAAUUCUGGAACAUACCAACUCCUCAGAGUUUGUAGAAAAGUACUUUUAAUCCUCAAUUAAGCCAGACUGCAAAUAUUCAGAUGUUUCCAUUCCCAUUUAACAUACAUGCAUGAAAGUUGACAAGGCAUUACAGUAACCCUUGACACAUGAAGUUACAAUUCAUUUGGUACCCAAAUCAAUAUGAUAAAUCUUAACUGUAAGAUCAGCCCCCCCAUCCAGCAGCAGCCUGUUGAGUCAGGGCAAGCACAAAGCAAAUGCAAUUAGUACUGCUCAGUGUGUUAUCUUCUGCAACCUGCCUGAUUUCUGUGUUCAUGGUUGAUGUCCACCACUCACCACACAACAUUAUGGGUUAGUUACAAUACCUGUUAAGUUUGCCCAUAGUGAUUGAAAAAGCAAUCCCAGUGGAUAAGAUUUCUAAGCAUUCAGUUACCAUAUAGAAGUUAAACAUUGACAGUAUCAUUGCAGAAAUCUUUUCAAGCUAAAAAUAAGCUGACUCAGACAUUAAUUUGAGAAAAGUUAACACAGAAAAAAAAUGUUUAAUAUUAACUACAGAGACAGUGGGUAUAGUACAGAAUGUCUUAAGCAAAAGAUACACCAAUCAGUACUUACAAAGGAAUGAACCAUUUCUUUCUUAACAUUACAUUUCUCAUAUGUAAGUUCGUAUAUGCAGGUUGGUAAGUUUUACCAUUCUGGAAAAAAUAAAGGUGUGUAUAUCAUCA